CAUAUCACUUAUAUGAGUAUUACGCUCACCUAAAGUCUCAUUCACUAAUAUUACCUCAUUCUUUACCCCUCAUUCACUCAAUAUUGUGAGACAACUUGCAGUCAAAAUGUCUGAAUCGCAAGAGGCCCCCAAGGUCAAGAAGCAGCUCAUUAUCAACGCCUUCGUUGAAUCAUGCAGCGGUCAUCAAUCACCUGGUCUCUGGAGACAUCCGGAUGAUAAAUCAUGGGAUUUCAAUAAUAUCAGUCACUGGGUAAAACUGGCUCAACUUCUUGAGAAGGGAAAGUUUCACGGUAUCUUUAUCGCUGAUGUUCUUGGAUCUUAUGAUGUCUACAAAGGUCCUCGUAACCCAGAUCCUGCCAUCAUUUCAGGCGCGCAGUGGCCUGUCAAUGAACCCCUUGCCACUGUGCCAGCUAUGGCAGCAGCUACUAAGAAUAUUGGUUUUGGUGUAACCGUGGCGACUACUUAUGAGCAGCCUUAUCAUCUUGCCCGAAGACUCAGCACUGUGGACCAUCUAACUGGUGGAAGACUGGGCUGGAACAUCGUUACUGGCUAUCUUGACUCUGCUGCUCGAAAUCUCGGACAUACUGAGCAGCCGAGCCACGAUGAGAGAUAUGCCAUUGCCGAAGAAUACGUCGAUGUCACUUACAAGCUUUGGCAAUCAUCCUGGCGAGAUGACGCCGUCAAACUCGACCGUGAAAAAGGCAUCUACACAGACCCCUCCCUAGUCCGUCUCAUCAACCACUCGGGAAAAUACUACACCGUGCCAGGCCCUCACAUCUGCCAACCCUCCCCCCAACGCACUCCCCUAAUCCUCCAAGCCGGAACUUCCAAAGCCGGAAAGAACUUUGCCGCCAAACACGCCGAGGCUAUUUUCGUCGCAGGCCACAGCCCCGUCACGGUGGCGAAGAACAUAGCUGAGAUUAGAACCCUAGCAAAAGAGCAGUUUGGUCGUGAUCCUAAAGCGAUAAAGUUCCUGGCUAUGUUUUGUCCGAUUAUUGGAAAGACGCAGGAGGAGGCUGAUGCGAAGUAUAAGGAGUUUGUGGGGUAUGGCUCGGAGGAUGGUGCGUUGGCGCUGUUUGGGGGCUGGACGGGGAUUGAUCUUGCGCAGUAUGGGGAUGAUGAGGAAUUACGGUAUGUUGAGUCGAACGCGAUUCGCUCCGCCGUGGAAUCAUGGUCCAAGUCAAUCCCAGGGGUGCCAAAAUGGACGAAGCACACUGUUGCAAAUCAUAUAAAAGUCGGUGGUCUAGGAGCCACAGUCGCAGGAACACCAGAGCGCAUCGCAGAUGAGAUGGAGCGAUGGGUCAACGAAGCUGACGUCGAUGGGUUCAAUCUGGCGUAUGCUCUCAUGCCAGCGAGUUUUGAGGAGGUUAUAUCUGAUUUGUUGCCGGUUUUGAGGGAGAGGGGGUUGUUUUGGGAGGAUUAUGCUGUCGAUGGGGGCACGUAUAGAGAGAACGUCUAUGGGAGGAAGGGAGUUGCUAGACCGCCUGCUGAUCAUCCAGCUGCGAAGUAUCAUUGGACGAAGGAUGAUUGAGCCAGUCAGGAAGGAUAGAGUUGUUGGAAGAGAUUAUGAUGUGUCAUUGGGCAAGAAAAACUUUUGAAAUAUAUAGUCAAGUGUUUUUAACUUUAUUUUGAGCAAGGCUGUUGUUUUUAUGCUUAAUUUUUUAUUCUUCUUACUGGUUUGUCUGUUAAAGUUGGUUGACUCAUUGCCUCACCCCACUCCCGAGCCUUCUCUAAACCUUGACACUUCCUAAGUUAACCUUCAAGCUUCCACUCUCACAGAUCACAACACCGAUACGAAAGUCUAUGUAAUUAUAC